AUGGCGAGACCCUCGAAGCAGCAAACAUCGUCCGAUGAGGCGAUGUCGUCGGAGGAAGAGCCAAUGAACGAGCAGAUCAACGAAGAGGAAGACGAAGAGGAACUCGAGGCGGUGGCUCGCUCAGCUGACUCCGAUGACGAUGAAGCCGCCGGAUAUACUGAAGGAGACGACGGUGAAGGCGAUGAGCCUGACGAGGAAGGAACCAGCAAUGAAAUUAGCAAGCGUGAAAGGGAAAGGCUAAAAGAAAUGCAGAAAUUGAAGAAACAAAAGAUUCAGGAGAUAUUGGAUCAACAAAAUGCUGCUAUAGAUUCUGAUAUAAAUAACAAGGGGAAGGGACGCUUGAAGUAUUUGCUGCAGCAAACUGAGUUGUUUGCUCACUUUGCUAAACAUGAUCAAUCAGCAUCUCUGAAGAAGGUUAAGGGGAGGGGUCGACAUGCCUCCAAAGUAACUGAAGAGGAGGAAGAUGAAGAGUGCCUGAAGGAGGAGGAAGAAGAUGGUUUAUCAGGAAAUACGCGGCUGGUGACACAACCAUCUUGUAUUCAGGGGAAGAUGAGGGAUUACCAACUUGCUGGAUUGAACUGGCUUAUAAGACUGUAUGAGAAUGGUAUAAACGGAAUCCUUGCAGAUGAAAUGGGUCUUGGAAAAACCUUACAGACAAUCUCUUUGUUGGGGUACCUGCAUGAAUUUAGAGGAAUCAAUGGUCCUCAUAUGGUAGUUGCUCCAAAAUCUACACUUGGUAACUGGAUGAAUGAAAUUCGUCGUUUUUGUCCAGUUUUACGUGCUGUCAAGUUUCUUGGCAAUCCUGAUGAAAGAAAACAUAUACGUGAGGAUUUACUGGUUGCUGGGAAAUUUGAUGUCUGUGUUACAAGUUUUGAAAUGGCCAUCAAAGAGAAAUCUACCUUGCGCCGCUUCAGUUGGCGGUAUAUCAUUAUUGAUGAAGCUCAUCGGAUUAAGAAUGAAAAUUCUCUCCUUUCAAAAACAAUGAGACUUUAUAACACCAAUUACCGCCUCCUCAUUACUGGAACUCCACUUCAGAACAAUCUUCAUGAACUCUGGGCUCUUCUGAACUUUCUUCUUCCUGAGAUUUUUAGCUCAGCUGAAACUUUUGAUGAAUGGUUUCAAAUUUCUGGUGACAAUGACCAGCAGGAAGUUGUUCAACAACUGCACAAGGUCCUUCGGCCAUUUCUUCUCCGAAGAUUGAAAUCAGAUGUUGAGAAGGGUUUGCCUCCGAAGAAGGAAACCAUACUGAAGGUUGGCAUGUCCCAGAUGCAGAAACAGUACUACAAGGCUUUACUACAGAAAGAUCUUGAAGUUGUUAAUGCUGGUGGAGAACGUAAGCGUCUUUUGAACAUAGCAAUGCAGCUCCGUAAAUGCUGUAAUCAUCCAUAUCUUUUCCAGGGUGCUGAGCCUGGUCCACCUUACACUACUGGAGAUCAUCUUGUUACCAAUGCUGGUAAGAUGGUUUUGUUGGAUAAGUUGCUUCCUAAGCUGAAAGAGAGGGAUUCCAGGGUCUUAAUUUUUUCUCAGAUGACAAGGUUGCUUGACAUUCUUGAAGAUUAUUUAAUGUUUCGUGGGUAUCUGUAUUGUCGGAUUGAUGGUAAUACCGGUGGAGAAGAUCGCGAUGCUUCCAUUGAUGCCUUUAACAGGCCAGGAAGCGAGAAAUUUUGCUUCUUGUUGUCAACAAGAGCUGGAGGAUUGGGUAUUAAUCUUGCUACUGCAGAUGUCGUCAUUCUUUAUGACAGUGACUGGAACCCACAAGUUGAUUUGCAAGCUCAGGACCGUGCUCAUAGGAUUGGUCAAAAGAAAGAAGUUCAAGUGUUCCGAUUUUGCACAGAGUAUACGAUUGAGGAAAAAGUGAUUGAGAGAGCAUAUAAGAAGCUUGCACUUGAUGCUUUAGUGAUCCAACAAGGAAGAUUAGCCGAGCAGAAAACUGUUAAUAAAGAUGAGCUGCUUCAAAUGGUGAGGUUUGGGGCCGAAAUGGUUUUCAGCUCGAAGGAUAGCACUAUUACAGAUGAGGACAUUGACAGAAUCAUUGCUAAGGGAGAAGAGGCAACAGCUGAGCUUGAUGCCAAGAUGAAGAAAUUUACUGAAGAUGCAAUCAAGUUUAAAGUGGAUGACACUGCUGAAUUAUAUGAUUUUGACGAUGAUAAAGAUGAGAACAAGUUCGACUUCAAGAAAAUUGUCAGUGAGAACUGGAUCGAACCUCCAAAGAGGGAGCGAAAGCGCAAUUACUCGGAAUCUGAAUACUUCAAGCAAACAAUGCGCCAAGGUGGUCCAGCAAAACCUAAAGAACCUCGAAUUCCUCGCAUGCCUCAAUUGCACGAUUUCCAGUUUUUUAACACACAGAGGCUUAGUGAGUUGUAUGAAAAGGAAGUGCGCUACCUCAUGCAAGCACAUCAAAAGAAUCAACUAAAAGAUACAAUUGAUGUUGAUGAACCUGAAGAGACUGGAGAUCCAUUGACUGCUGAGGAACUGGAAGAGAAAGAACGUCUUUUGGAAGAGGGAUUUUCCUCAUGGAGUAGAAGAGACUUCAAUACCUUCAUUAGAGCUUGUGAGAAAUAUGGUCGAAAUGACAUCAAAAGUAUUGCCACUGAAAUCGAAGGGAAAACAGUGGAGGAAGUUGAAAGAUAUGCUAAAGUUUUCAAGGAGCGAUACAAAGAGUUAAAUGAUUAUGAUAGGAUCAUUAAGAACAUUGAAAGGGGGAGGCCAGAAUUUCUCUAUGGUCAGAACAAAGGGAAGUUGUACAAUGAAGAAUGCGAUCGUUUCAUGGUAUGCAUGGUUCACAAGCUUGGAUAUGGGAACUGGGAUGAGCUGAAAGCAGCAUUCCGUACAUCACCUUUGUUUCGUUUCGAUUGGUUUGUAAAGUCUCGGACAACUCAAGAACUUGCAAGGAGAUGUGAUACCUUAAUUCGGUUGGUGGAGAAGGAAAACCAAGAAUAUGAUGAGAGGGAGAGACAGGCUCGUAAAGAAAAGAAGCUUGCCAAGAGCAUGACCCCGUCCAAACGUUCCAUGGGAAGACAGACUGAGAGCCCUCCUUCCCUAAAGAAACGGAAGCAGUUAUCAAUGGAUGAUUACAUGACCACG